AGCUACGCAACUAUAAGACCUGUAGCUCGCUGACUUCCAGACCGACAUUACGGACGACACUUGUACAAUAUCAGUUGCAUCAAUCGCGUUAACGACAUCCGGAGAGCCUGAAGAAGCGGUCGACACACUACUUGGACACACCUGAAGACGAGAAGAAGGAGACACUUGACACCUGCCAUCGACAAGAGCAGGUCCGACAAGUUCGACAAGCUCACAUAUAUACCUAGAGUAUAGGUAGCUAGCAAAAACAGAGAUCCUAGCAGGAUGGAUUUUGAAGGGACAGAGUUGGUCGAGAGCUAUGACUAUCUACUGAAGAUGAUCGUCGUCGGAGAAGCUGGAAGCGGGAAGACGUGUUGUGUGCAUCAGUUCAUCCACGAGUCUUUUAAGGAACACUCGGCUCAUACCAUAGGCGUAGAGUUCAACUCGCGAACAUUACGGAUAGGGGACAAGACGGUCAAACUGCAGCUAUGGGACACGGCGGGGUCUGAACGAUUCCGAUCGGUCACCCGGAGUUAUUAUCGGGGUGCUGCGGCUGCGAUCGUGAUGUACGAUAUCACGAGGCGCCAAUCAUUCUUGGACCUAGGCAAAUGGCUGGCAGACUGUCGAGCGCUAGCUUCACCUCAUUUGGUGGUGGUACUCGUUGGGAAUAAGUUGGACAGGGAAGCGGAUCGGGAGGUGGACUACCUGGAAGGUCUCCGCUGGGCCGAAGAGAACAAUCUACUGUUUCUGGAAAUCUCAUCCCUAACGGGAGCCAAUGCUCAACAACCUUUCCUACUAGCGUCCCAAUCAAUAUUACUCCUCAUGGAAUCGGGUACACUCGACCCGGAUGAGAGCGGGACGGGCGUUUCUUUCGGGGAACGGCAGCUACGAGCAGUAGGAUCUAGUUCGAGGCUGAGCUUGGGAAGCGCUUUCGGGCGAAAACGGAAGAGGGAGAGUGUCAAUGUCAAGGACAUGGUAGGGAGGGGAGGCAAGUGCUGUUGAGCCCCCUCGAAUCAGUAUGGACGCAACAGACGCAGCGUCUCGCCGCGUCCACAGUAUAUCACACAGAACGGACCUAUAAUAAUUUUCUUGGCAGUCACAGUUGUGCACAUCAUAAUGACCCUUGUAAGCGAUCGUUUAUAUAUCCUCUUAGUUGUAAUGCGUCUCGACAUCCUGGGUGUACUCGUCCUCCCCGGCCCGGUACCGGUCGAUGAGAGUUGCGCGUGAGAAAGCUGCA